UAAACAAUCCACCCUGGCGUCCAAGCCUCGCCUCACCCAUCGUAAAGCAUGGUUCAGGUUCCCUCCUCUUCCUCCAGUCGCCUCUCUUAGCCUCUUUGAAGGUUUCUCUUCUCUGACUUCCCAGACCCAGUGCCUACACUCGGGGGCCCUGGGCUCCCUCCGGUUCCAUGCUGGGCAUCUCCCGGACAAGCAGGGCUCCACGUCUUCCCAGAAAGCCUACUCCUCCCUGGUGUCCCAGGUUCCCCCCACUCCCUGCCUGGUCAGUCCCUGCCUCUUCACACCUGCCCAUUUUCCCUCGUAUCCUCCCCACCUCUCCCCUAGCCUCGGCCUCUCCCCCAGGGCAGGGACAGGGUGUCUGAGGGCCAGGGGGAUUUAGCUUUGAGUGUUUGAUUGAAACACCAAGUGAAUAGAAAAUCAAGCCUAAACUGGCAGCCUGAGCACUUCCUUUUGUCUGCAAACUGCUCAGGUGUCUCACCCUGCCAGGCUUUGGCACUGGCUCUUUCCUCAUCCAAGGGAUACCCUUUCCCUCAACUCCUACCUUAUCUGGAGAACUCUUAUGUUACCUGCAAAACCUAAUCCCAUUGUACCCUUCCCUACCAGAGUCAUAAAUUCAAUCCUCAACUCAGGGGUACUGGGGGCAUUUAUGACAAGCUGUGUCAUAAAUUAUAACAGCUUCUCUCAGGACGCGUGGCCAGGAAGUGGGUGAUUGUCCCUAAUGACCCUCACUCAUCUCUCCUCUCUUCCCAGCUACUCUGACGCAUGGAUCCCCUGGGCCCAGCCAAGCCACAAUGGCUGUGGCGCCACUGUCUGGCCGGGCUGCUGUUUCAGCUGCUGGUGGCUGUGUGUUUCUUCUCCUACCUGCGUGUGUCCCGAGACGAUGCCACUGGGUCCCCUAGGUCAGGGCUCAUGGCCGUGGAACCUGUCAUUGGAGCUCCCAAUGGGUCCCGCUGCCAGGACAGCACGACGACCCCUGCCCGCCCCACCCUCCUGAUCCUGCUGUGGACGUGGCCUUUUAACACACCCAUGGCUCUGCCCCGCUGCUCAGAGAUGGUGCCAGGCGCGGCCGACUGCAACAUCACUGCCGACUCCGAUGUGUACCCACAGGCAGAUGCGGUCAUCGUGCACCACCGGGAUAUCAUGUACAACCCCAGUGCCAACCUCCCGCCCCCGACCAGGCCGCAGGGGCAGCGCUGGGUCUGGUUAAGCAUGGAGUCCCCAAGCCACUGCCGGCACCUGCAAGCCCUGGACGGAUACUUCAAUCUCACCAUGUCCUACCGCAGCGACUCCGACAUCUUCACGCCCUACGGCUGGCUGGAGCCACGGUCCGGCCAGCCUGCCCACCCACCGCUCAACCUCUCGGCCAAGACCGAAUUGGUGGCCUGGGCGGUGUCCAACUGGAAGCCGGACUCGGCCAGGGUGCGCUACUACCAGAGCCUGCAGGCCCAUCUCAAGGUGGAUGUGUAUGGGAAAUCCCACAAGCCCCUGCCCAGGGGGACCAUGAUGGAAACACUGUCCCGGUACAAGUUCUACCUGGCCUUCGAGAACUCCUUGCACCCCGACUACAUCACCGAGAAGCUGUGGAGGAACGCCCUGGAGGCCUGGGCCGUGCCCGUGGUGCUGGGGCCCAGCAGAAGCAACUACGAGAGGUUCCUGCCGCCCGACGCCUUCAUCCACGUGGACGACUUCCAGAGCCCCGAGGACCUGGCCCGAUACCUGCAGGAGCUGGACAAGGACCACGCCCGCUACCUGAGCUACUUCCGCUGGCGGGAGACGCUGCGGCCUCGCUUCUUCAGCUGGACACUGGCUUUCUGCAAGGCCUGCUGGAAACUGCAGGAGGAAUCCAGGUACCAGACGGUGCGCAGCAUAGCGGCUUGGUUCACCUGAGAGGUCGGCGAGGGGCCUGGGCUGCCGGGACCUCACUUUCCCAGGGCCUCACCUACCUAGGGUCUCACUAGUCUGGGGAUUUACCUACCUGGGGCCUCGCCUGCUGGAGUCUUUGGUGGCCAGACAUGUGACUUACCUGGGACUUCACAUGCCAGGCUUUACCACUGCCAGGAGCCUCCCCUGCUGGGGACCUUGCUGGCUGGGGACGGUGCCUACUGGGAACCUUGUUUGCUGGAGGCUGCACCUACUGAGAGUCUCGGCUGUUGGGGACUUGACCUGCUGGGACCUGGUCCCAGAGACCUCGCCACACUAAAUGUCACCUGUUAGGAGCCUCACCUGCUGGGGACCUCACCCUGGAGGGCACCCUGGGAACUGGUACCCUGGAGGCCCUGCCCCCGGGCAAUGGUGCAGGCUGGUUAGCUUGUGGUUUUAUUGCCGUUAACCACCCAUGAGGGGUGCAAACAGACAAUGCUGUUACCAUUUUCACACAAGAACGCUUCAAGGAAAGCUCCUGUGUCCCCCUCACCCCAGAACAGAGGUUCUCAUGCAGGGCGAUUCCAUCCCCAAGGGCACUUGGCAAUGUCCAGAGACAUUUUCAGUCAUCACAACCCGAGGAGGAGGAUGAGGUCACCUAGUGGGUAGAGGCCAGGGUUACCCCACACCCCCUACGAUGCACAAGUCGGGGACCCUACAACCAACAAUGAUGGUUCCAAAUAUCCAGGAGCAGAAAACCCUGUUCUAGAACCUUCUAUGACCCUGGAGAUCAAGUCCCUUGCUGGGGGAGUGUUCAGAUCCCUCGGGGGUCCUCUCCUCCAGCUGGCUCCCUGCGGUCGGCUCUGGCACCCACCCAGAAGUGAAAGUCUUUUUUCUGAAGAUCUCAGGUCAAGAACUCCCAAGUCAGGCAAGCCCUGCAUAGAGCCCUGCUCCACCACUUAGGGCUGCAGAUGGGUUCUGACUGUAAAUGAGGACAUCUGGAACAUUCCGGAACAUUCCGGAACAUUCUGGGCUUGGGGGAAAUUGCUCCCUGGAAUGCCAAGGGGGACCUGGUGGUGGAAGGUGGUGGUGAAUCCCAGGUGCUCUCUGAGCCUCAAUCUCCCUAUUUGCACAGUGGACAUGCAGGCUCUGAGGGCUGGGGAGUGGGGCCCGUGCUCUCCAGGAGUGAAGAUGGGCAGGGCUGGGAUAAAGGGACCCUCUCUGCCCAGGGCACAGGGCCCAAGGGAGCUGGAUGUGUUGCCCCAGGUGUGUAGGGCAGGUCAGAGAAGGGCAGGAUCCCCUAAGGAGGAGGGCAAGGGGAAUGUGUGUGACCGUCAGCAGUGGUGUGCACAUGGCUGGGGGACACUCGGUGUGACUGUCAGCAGGUGGGUGUCACAAACACAUCACUGUGGGUGUGACCUUGGUGUGACUCUGAUAGUGCCUGCGGAUGUGUUGCGAUGCCUGCCUGUGGCUCUAUGUAGGUGUUUGUAGGUGGUGGUGAUUGCGAAUGUGCGACAGAAUGUGUGGCCCUGGGAGGCUUUGAGUGUUGGAUGGAGCAGGAGCCCCUCUCUGAGUGUGCGUGUCUGUGUGACCAUGCAAAGCCAUAUCUGCAUGGACCUGUGUCCUUGGGUGUGGUGAAGUGGGCUGUGUGUGGCCACAUAUGGGAUUCUUAAGCUGUGUCUGCAAGUGGCUGUGACCAUGUGUGUGGCCUUGUGGAUGAGCAGGGGGAGGUGGAGUUCUUAAAAGUAUUACAGGCCGGGCGCGGUGGCUCAAGCCUGUAAUCCCAGCACUUUGGGAGGCCGAGACGGGCGGAUCACGA